GUACAGCAUGUCAGCCUAUAGCUCACCUCCAGUCCUUUAUCCACGGCCCUCCUCCCACCUGGAGUACACUCUCUUCCUUGGAAUACCUUACUCUCGUUAGCGUCUUCAUCAUGUCUAAGCCAGUCUUCGUUCUCCUUCACGGCGCAUGGCAUAGCCCCAAAUGCUGGGAUCGCCUCAUUACUGAACUCGAAAAAGCAGGCUACUCAGCCUUUGCCCCCGCACUACCUUCCUCUGGAUCUAAUCCUCCCGUUCCGGACUGGAAUGCUGAUAUCGACAUCAUUCGCAGCACCGUCUCCGAUCUUGUUCAGAAACAUGACGUUAUCAUUGUCAUGCAUAGCUUCAGCGGUAUGACUGGUGGCACAGCCUUGGAGGGACUCGACAAAGAGGCGUGCUUUUCUAAAGGUCUCAAGGGCGGCGUCGUGAGAUUAAUCUACAUGGCUGCUUUCCUCGUGCCGGAAGGAUCUCAGCACUCUCCUCAUGGCACCAGAGACAACAUGCUGCCUGACAUGAAGACUGGCAUCGUAACUUUCGCUCCUGAAGGUGCAAAGGACAUGUUUUACCAAGAUUUAGACGACGAUGCAGUUGCCGAGCUGGCGAAGGACCUGCAGCCCCAGAGCUUCGGGGUGUUUUGGAGCACAACAACAUACGCCGCUUGGCGUUAUGUUCCAACGACCUACAUUGAGUGCACGGGAGAUAGACCUUCUACUCACGCUGCUGCGCAGUAUCUGCUUGAAACGGCGAAGGCGAGUGGAACACACAAGAUCGAACGCAUCAUCAAAGUGGACAGUGGUCAUUCUCCGUUCAUCAGCAAACCUGAAUGGAGCGCUCAUACUCUUAUCAAAGAGGCUGGUGGACAGGUCUAG